GCAGCUGGCUCAGCAUAUGCCAAAGAAGACAGCACUCGGGGCUUGUAGACCUGUAUAAGUCCCAGCUCCAAAACACUUAGAGGCUGAGUCACUUCAUGUUUCUGAAUCUCAGUUUUCUCCUCUGUAAAAUGGGAAUUACAGUAAUUGCCUCAUUGGGUGGUUGUGGGAAUUAAAUGAGAUGACAUAAAUCAAAGGUUUAGAAGAGAGUCUAACAUCCUUAUAUAGUAGGGACGGGCUUAUGAUGGUUGUGAGCAUUUCCCCCUCCCUCUCCCUCUCCUUCUCUCUCACAUGCACACACACCCACACGCACAUGCACAUGCACAGAUAUUCUUUGGCACUUCUCCAAGUCAGAGUCCUGCUAUGUCUCCUGCCUCCUCUUGCCUACCACCACGUGUCAGAAGACCUGGGACCUCCCUGCUCAGCAUGUAUCACCUGGGAUCUCACCUUUGCUCAGCCCUGUGUGUCUCUGUACUAACCUCGAAGGAUGCUCAGUGUCCUAGGCUCCUCCACAGCUAUCCUCCACGUGAUCGUCACACUAGCUGGGACGGCAGCCCUACAGAUGAGACAGAGGCAUGGGGGUAGGGUGUGUGUGAAGGGACUUGCCCCAGAGCAGGGCUAGUGAGCAGUGGAGUUUGGAUGUGAGCCUGGGUCUGAGGGACCCCAGCCCUCCCUUGUCAGAGAGCAGCCCUUAAAGGGAGCACACUGUGUCCUGGGCACUUCAGAGGGUGCACACAGCUGAGGGGUCCCUGUCUGUCACUGUUCCAUGUGCUGCAGAGACUGCCCCUUCUGGAUGUGCAGAUGUUCACCUUGGGGAUUUGGCAGAGGAGGGACAGUAAGGGUCCUGCCGGGCAUCUCCACCUGGAGACUCAAAAGUAAACCCAGGCCUUCCUUGUCCUCAUCUCUUGUCACCACUCAGUCCACUGCUGUUGAGCACGUGUCCCCAACUCUGCCAUUUGUUCAUGAGAUAUUUUCUGAACACCUACUUAGUAAGGCCCUGUUCCCACAGAAUAAGAAAUAAAAUAUCAGAAAAUGGUAAAUGUAAGAAAAACAAUAAAACACAUGAGGGACUGGGAGAACAUUCCAGGCAGAAGGAACAGGGCAAAGGCUGGGAGGGAGGGAUGAACCUGCUCUGUUUGGGGAACUGGGAGAAAACUAGAACUGGGAAGGGAAGGGAAGAGAAGAUGGUAAAUGGAGCCAGAGAGACAUGCAAUGUCUGGACAUUUCUGGAGAUGUUCAAAGUAGACAUUGGUGAUUGGGUACAUGAUUUUGAAACCUCACUCUGGCUGUGAUGUAUAGAACAGGUUCUAAGGGGCAGAGUGGAAGCAAGGAAACAACUGGGUUGGCCCUUGCUGUGGUCAGGGCCCAGGAUCCUGGUGGCACCUGUCUGGCAGUGAUAGAGGAAGGAGGUGUGCAGGUCUAAGGUCUUUUCUUCUAGGAGAGCAGUCACAGCCCACUGAAGGGAGGAAGGAAUUUGGCAGGAGGUGAAGAGAGAGUCAAGGGGCUUGCUCUGCCAGUAUCACCAUGUCACCGAGACUCUUGAUGUCAUUCCCUGUGUCACCCUGGCCUGAGCCAUGAGCCACCAGAUCCUGCUGUUCCUGGCCGUGCUGACUCGAGGCCUGGCUACCUCCCAACACCGAGACAAGGUGCCCUGUAGGAUGGUGGACAAGGAGGCCUUGUGCCAGGGUCUCAGCCUAUUCCAGGUCCCUUCAGGGCUCCCAUUGGACAUCGAGUCCCUCGACCUAUCUGGAAACCAGCUGAGGAAUGUCCUGGUCUCACCCUUGGGCUUCUACAUUGCCCUGCGUCGCCUGGACCUGAGCACCAAUGAGAUCAGCUUCCUGCAGCCAGGAGUUUUCCAGACCCUGCCCCACCUGGAACACCUCAAUCUGUCUCGAAACCACCUGGCAGUGGGCACCACGCUGAGUGCCGGAGGUCUGGGUCCCCUGCCACAUGUGAUUUCCCUGGACCUGUCUGGGAACAGCCUGUACAGUGGCCUGGUGGAGCGACUGCUGGGUGAAGCCCCCAGACUGCGCACACUGUCUCUGGCAGAGAACAGCCUGACACGCCUGAGCCGUCAGACCUUCUGGGGCCUGCCUGCGCUGGAGCAGCUGGACCUGCACAGCAAUGUGCUGAUGGACAUUGAAGAUGGUGCUUUUGAGGCCUUGCCCCACCUGGUCCAUCUCAAUCUCUCCCGUAAUUCCCUCACCUGUAUAUGCGACUUCAGCCUCCAGCAACUGCGGGUGCUUGACCUGAGCUGCAACAGCAUUGAGGCCUUUCAGACAGCCCCAGAGCCUCAGGCCGAGUACCAGCUUGCUUGGCUUGACCUGCGAGAAAAUAAACUGCUCCAUUUCCCUGACCUGGCUGCCCUCCCAAGACUCAUCUACCUGAACAUGUCCAAUAACCUCAUCCGGUUCCCCACAGGGCUGCUGCAAGGCAGUGAUGCGCUCCCCUCGCCUUCUGAGGGCUGGUCAGCCUUGCCCUUCUUCAGCCCCAGCUGGAAUGCCAGCACCCAUGCCCUCUCCCAGCUUUUGAACCUGGAUUUGAGUGACAAUGAGAUUGAGCACAUUCCAGACACCUUUCUUGAGCCUUUGACCUCCCUUCGGUUCCUGAACCUCAGCGGGAACUGCCUGCGGGCUUUUGGGGCUCGGCCCAUAGGCUCUCUGCCCUGUCUGGUGCUCCUGGACUUAAGCCACAAUGUACUAGAGGCACUAGAGCUGGGUGCCAGAGCCCUGGGGUCCCUACGGACGCUGCUCCUACAGGACAAUACCCUGCAGGACCUGCCAUCAUACACCUUUGCCAACCUGGCCAGCCUUCAGAGGCUCAACCUGCAGGGAAACAGAGUCAGCCCCUGCGGGGGGCCAGCAGAGCCCAGCCUCCCAGGCUGUGUGGCUUUCUCUGGCAUCCCUACUCUCCGUGUUCUAAACAUGGCGGGUAACGAGAUGGAGAUGCUCGGGGCAGGGGCCUUCCUCCACACCCCGCUCACUGAGCUGGACCUCUCCACCAACCCUGGUCUCAGGGUGGCCACAGGAGCCCUGGCAGGCCUGGAGGCCUCCUUGGAGGUCCUUGAGCUGCAGGGCAAUGGGCUGACUGUCCUGCAGGUGGACCUGCCCUGCUUCAGCUGCCUCAAGCGGCUCAAUCUUGCCGAGAACCGCCUCAGCCACCUGCCUGCCUGGACACAAGCUGUGUCACUGGAGGUGCUGGACUUGCGGAACAACAGCUUCAGCCUCCUACCAGGCAGCGCCAUGGGUGGCCUGGAGACCAGCCUUCGGCGCCUGUACUUGCAAGGGAAUCCUCUCAGCUGCUGCGGCAAUGGCUGGCUGGCAGCCCAACUGCACCAGGGCCGUGUGGAUGUGGAUGCCACCCAGGACCUGAUCUGCCGCUUCGGCUCCCAGGCUGAGGUAUCGCUGAGCCAUGUGCGUCCCGAGGACUGUGAGGAAGGAGGGCUCAAGAACAUCAACCUCAUCAUCAUCCUCACCUUCACACUAGCCUUGGCCAUCCUCCUCGCCACACUGGCCACCUAUUGUUGCAUCCGCCGGCAGAAGUUUAACCAACAGUACAAAGGCUAAGGAAGCCAGGAGAUCCUUCCAGGUCUGUGCAGGAACUGGAGGCACAGAGGAGUGGGAACUGGCCUGUGGCCACAGAGUGAGCCAGAGUCCCAGAACUCUGGAUUCUGAAUCCCAGCCCAGGGCUCCUUUCUCUGCAUCCUGCUGCAUCAGCAGGUGGCCCACUUCCCAGGCUGUGCAUCUGGUCUAGCUGUGGAAGCUGGAAGUUGGGUAAGCUCAGGGGCAGCAAAUCAACAGAGCUUCACAGAGCAUCUGUUUGGGUCCACACCCUUCUUGGGGACACUACCAAAUGAAACACAUGCCUGCCCUCUGGUAGGGGAGGUUGUCCCAGUGCUGGGCAGUGACCACAGUGUGAUGGCGUUGAGGUAGAAACCUGGGGCGCCACUGCUUUGCAGCCCCACAGAUUUGGUGUGGAGAGUCCUGCUCUGGCUGUGCCAGGGAAAGGAAGGACUAAGCCCAAGAAGAUUUGUCUGAGACAUUUUUAAGCAGACUGUUUUGUCACAUCUUCUAAUAAUGACUUUCAGCCUCUCUGGAAAAUGAAGAGCUUGUGACCGGAAGAGAGAGCCAGAGCGUCAUGAGUGUGUCCUGGAUCCAGUGCUAUUUGGCAGGCUACAGCAGCCCCAGCAGGACCUGGUUAAGAGGUGAUCACCCUGGGCUCCCAUCCAGUGGUGGACCAUUCUGUUUCCUGCUCUGGACAGGACCUUUCCCUCCCUAGCACUCUCCUGUUGCACACACUGACCCCAGUACUGCCUGGACCGCACUCCCUGCCCAGGCUCCCUUCUCCAUCCAGCCCUGCUGCUGAGCCAAGGGCUAUAACCAUAGGUAUCUAGUUCUAGUUUGCACCCAGCUUAGCAGCUACAGAUGCAAAUCUAAGCCUUGUGGCUGCUUGGACAUUGGUAUUUUACCCUAUUUUAUAAAGGAGGAAAACAAAGCACCAGGAGUUUCCCUCCAGGGUCCCACAGCUAAAAUACCAUAGCUGAGAUUCAGACCCACAUCCUCCUGUCUCCAGGGUCUGAGUUUGCUGCUGCUGGGGCCACAAGCUGUUAAGUAGACAGGAAGUGGCCUCACAUCACUUGGCCAGGGCCUGAAGUUCCUGUGCCAUGAACACCCACUUUCUCCUCUCCAGGCAGUUGCAGGCCCUCUACUCUUUCUCAGCCUCAAUUUCCCUCAUUCUUUCCUUCGUGGACUGGUGUGUGUUUUCCUUUUUCUCUUCUACCUCCUGCAUUCUCUCAUUCCAUCUUCCUCCACUGACCAUAGUCUGAAGUUUGAGACCAUGAAGUCCAACCUCCCCACUGCACAAAUAGGGAAACUGAGGCUUAGGAAAGAAUAGGAACUGCUUAUAGCUGCUCAACUCAAUGGCAGAGCCUGUGGAGGGAAAAAUAGAUUUCAACCUCACUGGGAUGAGAUUGAAUAUAGGCCUUCUCUCAGCUGCCACAUGGCAAGGCAGUACUGCUCCAGACUUUCUUUUUGUUCCUCAUCAUGCAGGGAGUUUUUGCCUCCUAUGAAAAUAGGUAGAAAGACCCACUCAGAUAAACUCUUGUCACUCAUACCAUGGGGUCAUGAGCUGUCUGGGGAGAAAGGAAACUCUGGACCAGGCAAAGACCCUCUGUUAUUGUCCUCAGCAUCUUGCCCAUGCUUGGCCCAUGGGCAUUUGGUAAAGUGCAAGAAAAUGAAAAUGCAGUUUUCUCCACCCCACUUUAUAGAUGAGAAAACUGAGACCCAGAGAGGAUUAAGGGCUCAUGGAGCUGAUGGUCAGGGCCAGGCCGAGAACUCUCGCCUGGACCCUGGUGGUGUGAAGGCAUCCGGGUGGCUCAGUCCUGGCUGAUCACAGGUGCUACUGCAUACAACAGUCUUCCUCAGGCCCAGAGCCCAAGUGCUGGCCCCUGCACUUGAUCUAUGAAACACUAUACAUGCUGCUGUCACCUCGCAGGUCUUCGGACCAGCUCUUUGUAUAACCCACAUGAAUGUAUUAAAGUCUAAUUUUGGAAAAA